AUGAGUCGAAGACACAAAGCUGGUUCAAUUGGCGUUAGAAAAGUUGUGGAGACCAUUGAUCUUGAUUUGUCCAGUGGUACCUUCAAUUGUCGUCCAAUUUCUUCCUACAAACAACAAUAUAAGUUGAAAUAUAACUUUUCGUUGCUUAAGACUGAUCAGUCAACUUCCGAAAAGUUUGGUUCACUCAUUUCCCUUGAGCUACAAAGUGUAAAUAUAACCAGCCUUCAAUUGACUAAGGUUCUAGAAAGUUGUCCUUUACUUGAGAAGUUAGCUCUGCAUGAAAUUUCAGACCAUUAUACGAUACAAAGUGAUCAUCUCAAGAUUUUGUCCUUGAAGUGUCUCGUUAAAACAAAGAUUGAUCUUUGUGCCAACAAUCUCCAUACAGUUCAAUUAAUUGGUCCGACAGAAUUCUUCUCACUUAAGAACAAACCCCCGAGACUGUUGCUCAAAAUCUUUCCAGAGUACAUACAGAUAGGGAAGAAGGAGGUCAUUGAGAAAUGCCCUAAUGGAACCAUAACCAAGCUAGAGUUGAAUGGGUUCAUAGGAAACCAACACCAAGUUGAUUUGCUUGAGUAUCUAUUAGAGAAUCUAAUCGGACUUAAAGUAUUGGCUAUUGGUCCAUCUAACAAGAUAUACAAAAGCUUCAGUUGUUGGGACAAUGAAGCAACUAUUGAGGAAAAAAACAUGUUUCAAAUUCAAUCUGAAUCGCUUCGCAAAAUCAUUUCUCCUUCCGUUCGACUAGUGUUUUUAUAG